AUGGAUUCUCAUCAGACAGCCUCACCUGGGCCCUUGACUCCCACAAGUCCUGCAAUGUCCGAGCUUCCCUACGACCAGCCCAUCAAAUCAAGAAGACGGCAAAGAAUUGUGCAAGGACUGCAGCGAAUAUCAUCGUCCCCCUCACUAGCCAAAAUUGGCAGAUCAAGAGCUACCAGUGAAUACAGACCUGGUGGUAUGGGGUCCAUAUCCUGCAUGUCACUCAGCUCACCCUUUUCGUCGACCAUCUUUUCUCCACCCAGCUCCUACACCUCCCAGCUUUCUGCUGGAUUCUCCACCGCCCCGACUUCUCCGGGUUCGCUCACAGGAGCCAACUGUUAUUUCGGACCCCAUCCAAAAAUAAGGAUCGUGGAAAGAGACGCAGCUGGAAAUGAGAUUUUAGUAUCCGGAUCUGUUCCCGUCCCAUCUGAGGCACAAUCAUGUGAGGACUUCGGGGCUAGAGUAACAAAGUCGGCUGCAAAACCAUUUCCUCGCCGAGAGAACUUCAACUUCUGGGCUGAUCUGCCGCAUGAAAUACGGGUGCAUAUCCUACAAUUUCUAUCUCCAAAACAGAUCAUCCGCCUAUCAUCGGUUUCCAAAUUAUGGCAUGAGAUGUGUUUCGAUGGACAGCUCUGGAUUGAGCUUGAUUGCCAGUCAUACUAUCAGCAGAUCACCUCAGAGGCUCUGAUCAAGAUAAUGUUGAGGGCUGGCGGUUUUGUUAAGAACCUCAACCUGCGAGGUUGCGUCCAGCUUCGGGACCAGUGGCUCAGUCUCGGAAGCCGAAUGACGAAUCAAGAGUGUAGGAACCUAGAAAACUUCUCCAUUGAAGGUUGCAAGAUUGAGAGAAGCAGCAUACACUUUUUCCUCCUGCGCAAUCCCAGGCUUCUCCAUAUAAACAUGCCAUCUAUGCAGAAUAUCAAUAACGCCACCAUGAAGAUAAUAGCUUCGCAUUGUCCACUGUUGGAAUUCCUGAACAUUGAUUGGUGCAGCCAAGUUGAUACUAAGGGGGUGAAAAAGGUGGUGCAAUCGUGUCCGAGAUUGACAGACCUAAGAGCAAGCGAAAUCAAGGGCCUGGAUGACAAAGAGUUCAUGCUGGAACUGUAUCAGCGGAAUGGUCUUGAGCGGUUGAUUAUUCAACAUUGUGAUACUUUAACAGACGACGCACUUUCUAUCCUCACGAAUGGCAUCGAGCCCGAAAUCGACCCAUUGACUGAACGCACCAUUGUACCUCCGCGUCGACUACGUCACCUAGACAUUUCCAAGUGCCGUUCCUUGACCGAUAAAGGCGUGAAAAGCAUGGCAUACAACUUGCCAUAUCUGGAAGGCUUCCGCUUGUGUCAGAACCACGCACUCACCGACGAUGGCCUCAUCGACAUUCUCUCCAACACUCCACGCCUCACCCACCUCGAAGUCGAAGAGGUGGACCAGCUAACCAACGCGCUCCUGACAGCCUUUGCAGCCGCUCCCGGAGCGUCGUCACUUGAACAUCUUUCCAUCUCCUACUGUGAACAUCUCGGCGACGUCGGCGUCUUACCCAUCCUUAAGUCGUGCCAGAACCUUAGUUCUCUCUGCCUGGAUAACACCAGAAUCUCCGAUCUCGUGCUCAUAGAAGCUGCAGAGCAGGUCCGUAAAAGAGGCAGCACCACCAACGCCAAAAACCGACCGAAAAACGGCCUGAGUCUGAUCGCCUUCGACUGUCAAAAUGUUACAUGGGCCGGGGUUCGAGAGAUAAUGUCCCAAAAUACCCGGGUCUUACAACAUCGCUCUUUAUUCCAGCACAAAACCUUGAGUAGGGCUAGUGUGAACGAAAAGACGGGAGAGGUGUCCGCAAGUCCAGCGAUCACAUCUACAACCGCCGUCCCUGUGCUUAUGUACCCGAAAGAGAUCAUCCACCUGAAAGCCUUCUACGGCUGGCAGCAGACGGUCGAAGAGCAUUAUAAGCGGUGCAUGACCUCACGAUGGAGUGCCGCGGCGCGGUUGGAAGGGAAGUGGGCAGAGUGGAUGUUGGCGAGUGAGGAAGUGGGUGCUAGUGUGGUGGGCAUGGCACUGGUUGGGGUGGGAGAAGAAGGAGGAGGAGAGCGAGAGAGGCGGAGAACCGGGUUAGGGAUGAUGAAGAUGGUGGUGACACUGGUGCCGCGACACCAACUAUACAGCAUUUAUGCACCCGGCACCCCAGCAAUAUACAUGAUCACGAAAGAUCACAGCUUCCAAGCAGCGGAUGUCCGGCUCUAUUUCGCAGCAAAUUCUCUCCUGACGACAUGGAAAAGGAACGAGCAGCAACACACACUGGUGCUUAUAGACUUUUUCAUCACAACUCCACCUCAAACUCCACCAGCAAUAUGA